AAAUUCAAAAAUUCCAUCAUGGAGAUCAUCGCCUUCUUUGUCGCAGCAACUGCUUUCUUUGCACUCUGUAAAUUCAUUGAACACUACUUUAGGUCUUUUCUGAUUGAGAAUACACAAAGUAAAUGUGUGCUGGUGACUGGGUGUGACACGGGGUUUGGUCACCGACUCGCCCAGGAACUGAACAAGAGGGGCACGCGGGUUUUCGCGGGCUGUUUUACUGAGGAUGGGAGGAAAAGAUUGACGGAGAAAUGCUCCUCAGAUGCUGUUAUUUUCCGUUUAGAUGUUACAAAGGAAGACUCCAUUCAGAAUGCCGUAAAUUUAGUGAAAUCUGAACUUAAACAAGAUGAAGUUUUGUGGGGUGUGGUUAACAACGCAGGUAUCCUCCACCUAGCGGCGCCACUAGAAUGGCAGACUAGAGAGCACUAUGAUAAAACUCUCAGCGUCAACUUGAUGGGGGCUAUGAUGAUCACAAAGGCCUUUCUCCCUCUUCUAAGAGAGUCCAAAGGCCGUCUGGUCAACAUGUCUUCUGUGGCGACCAUGGUGGCAUUUCCGGGUGUUGUGGCGUAUAACAUCAGCAAAGCGGCUCUUGAGGCUUAUACGGACACAUUCAGGCGUGAGAUGUAUCACAUUGGCGUUACAGCGCAUCUGAUACAACCAACUGGAUUCGCCACCAAUAUCUUUCCACAGGAUGCAACACUUCGUCUGCGACAAGCGUUCAACGAACUUCCAGACAACGUCAAAGAAUUCUACGGAGAAAAGACAGUUCAUUCAGGUGGGGUUGGACAAGUGAAAUCCGACGGCUCUUUUGAUUCCGAUUUGUCCAAGGUAACCACAGCAAUUCAGCACGCAUUAUUUGCUAGAUUCCCCAAAUAUAGAUAUCCCGUGGGUCGGGGAUCUGUUGCACUUUUCUGGACAUUAACGCAUCUCCCUGAAAUCGUGGCCGACAGAAUGUUUUCAGUGUCAUGUCCUCAGAAUUGACAUA